AUGACGACGAAGCCCGUCCGCUGCCAGUUUCUCUGCGAGAAGCGGCAGCUGGAAUUCAAGCAUGAUAUUCCCUCCUCCCUGGUCGGCCCAGCAGCCCUUAGCAACCCUGCCAUGCCCCAGAUGUUCACCACGGUGAUGCGGCCCAUCGUUCUGGAGCAUGCCGAGGCAUCGCUGAAGGCCUGCGAGGACAAGUGCUCAGCCAAAGAUUGUAAACGAGAUGCCUCCACCGUCGUUGCCACGCCUAUGUCGUAUCUUCACAAGACGGAGGAUCCGUUUGUCAUCAUCAUGACUGUUGCAUGCUGCGGCAAUGAAGAUUGCGACAAGAUCCUUAAGAAGGAGGCUGCAGACCUCAUGAUGCAAAUGACAGGUGGCCUUCCGGGCCAGGCCACAGCUAGCUUCGGCGUCGCGCCGAUGGCGCGGAACUCAAAGUGCUACUGUGGCUCGACUCACAAGUACAAGAAAUGCUGCGGCAAAGAACAAGCUGCAGCUUAG